UACUUCUGCACUAGGCUUCUAUAGCACAUUGCUGUAUUGUGAUCUCGCUGGAAAUACUUUGGAAUCAUCGCUUCCAUGAAAUUUACAAUCUUCUUUCAAAAUAAGGAUACAUCACAGUAGGGAGGAUGGAAUUGCGAAAGUUGUCACGGUUAUAUAUCUUCUUUGUCUUUGUUUUGAGCGCCUCCAGCACUGCAUCCGCCGCCAGCCACCAUGUCUGCAAUGUCCCUUUGCUAUCCGUGCUGCCUCAGGCCUCCUUUGAGUGCUCCUCACAUUCCUCUGUCAGUGGUGUGCCAUACUUCUCCAAGAUCAAUGAAAGAGAUGGAGCAGGAGGCUGGUCUCCCCAGGCGACAGACAGACAGCCGUGGAUGCAGCUGGACCUCAAGGACAGGAUGGAGGUGACGGCCAUCGCCACACAGGGGCGUUACGGCAGCUCCGACUGGGUCAGCGGCUACCUGCUGCUGUUCAGUGACACGGGACGAGCCUGGAAGCAGUACCGAGAGGAGGACGGGGUGGGGAGGUUUGUUGGGAAUGUGAACCCUAAUGAUGUUGUCCACCACAAAUUGUCCCACUCCAUCAGAAGCCGAUUCCUACGCUUUGUUCCCCUGGACUGGAACCCCAGUGGCUGGGUGGGACUCAGAGUGGAGGUGUACGGCUGUGCCUACAAAUCAGACGUUACAGACUUUGAUGGCAGAAGCUCCUUGCUCUACCGGUUUAACCAGAAGUCCAUGAGCACGGUGAAGGAUGUGAUCUCGCUGCGCUUCAAGAGUCGCCAGGCUGAGGGGGUGCUGCUCCAUGGUGAGGGUCAGAGGGGCGACUACAUCACUCUGGAGCUGCACCGGGGCAGGCUGGCCCUCUACCUUAACCUGGAUGAUACCAGGCUGCGGUUCAGCAGCGGUCGUGUUGCGGUCACUCUGGGCAGUCUUCUGGACGACCAACACUGGCACUCGGUCCUCAUUGAGCGCUUCAACAAGCAAGUCAACUUCACUGUGGACUCCCACACCGAGCACUUCAGGACAAAGGGGGAAGGAGUUUCUCUGGAGGUGGAUUAUGAGCUCAGCUUUGGAGGCAUCCCACUGCCAGGUAAACCUGGUACCUUCCUGAGGAAGAACUUCCAUGGCUGUAUUGAGAACCUCUACUACAAUGGGAUCAACGUCAUCGACCUAGCCAAGCGUCGCAAGCCUCAGAUCUACAGUGUGGGCAACGUGACCUUCUCAUGCUCGGAGCCCCAGCUGGUGUCCACCACCUUCCUGAGCUCCAGCAGCAGUUUCCUGUCUCUCCGGGCUACGGCGUCCUCUUUGGGCGGCUUUGCGGUACGUUUCCGGUUCAGAACGUGGAACCCAGAUGGGCUACUGCUCUCCACCCGGCUCGCCCUCGAGCCCCAGCGGCUGGAGCUGCAGAUCAGCAACAGCCGGCUGCGCUUGACCCACCACACGUCAGCCCAGCAGAAAGAAGAGGUUUCCACCGGUCACAGAGUGAAUGAUGGACUGUGGCACUCUGUGAGUCUCAGCUCCCGAGGUCUCCAGGUCACCAUGACUUUGGACAACGAGCCGCCCUCUACCAUUGACCUGGAAGACCACAUGGAGGCAGGAGACCUCUACUUUGGUGGUUGCCCAUCCGUGAACGUCGCAGGCUGUGUGAACCCCACGCUGGCAUUCCAGGGGUGCAUGCGUCUCAUCUCCGUCAACAGCCAGCCCAUUGACCUUAACCUGCUACGCCAAGGACGGCUGGGAAACUACAGAGAACUGCAGUUCAACACAUGCGGCAUCCAUGACAGAUGCCUGCCAAACUUCUGUGAACAUGCUGGACAGUGUUCCCAGUCCUGGAGCACCUUCUACUGUGACUGCUCUGGAACAGGAUACAAUGGGGCCACCUGCCACAACUCCAUCUACGAGGUGUCAUGCGAGGCCUACAGGCUGGCUGGCAGCUCCUCAGGCUACUUCUCCAUUGAUCCAGAUGGCAGUGGUCCUCUGGGGCCCACAAAGGUCUACUGCAACAUGACAGAGGACAAGGUCUGGACAGUGGUGACCCACAACAGCACUGAUCCAAUCAGGGUCCAGGGCUCCACACUACAGAAGCCUUACAUUAUGAAGUUCAACUACAGCGCUUCACCUGAACAACUGAUUGCCCUCGUGGCUGGGUCUGAGCAGUGUCAACAGGAAGUGACGUACAGCUGCAGGAAAUCCCGCCUUUUCAACACCAGAGAUGGUACCCCGUUGUCCUGGUGGGUGGACCAGGCUGGGGAGAGACGGACCUACUGGGGGGGCUUCCUGCCGGGUGUUCAGCAGUGCUCCUGCAGCCUAGAGGAGAACUGCAUAGACAUGAACUACUUCUGCAACUGUGACGCUGAUACAGACUCAUGGGCUAAUGACACAGGAGUCCUCUCUUACAAAGAGCACUUACCAGUAAGUGAGAUCGUGAUUGGAGACACCAACAGAACAUUCUCUGAGGCGCUCUACAGAAUAGGCCCACUGCGUUGUUAUGGUGACAAGUCUACGUGGAAUGCAGCGUCCUUCUACCAGGAGUCUUCCUACCUACACUUCCCAACCCUCCAGACAGAGCUCAGCGCUGACCUCUCCUUCUACUUCAAGACGAGCGCCCCCUCAGGUGUCUUCCUGGAAAACCUGGGCCUCAAGGACUUCAUUCGACUGGAGCUCAGCUCUCCGUCUGUGGUGACGUUCUCCUUUGACGUGGGAAAUGGGCCAGUGAUCCUUGCCGUCAAGUCCCACGUGCCCCUGAAUGACAGGCAGUGGCACUACGUGAGGGCGGAGCGCAGCGUGAAGGAGGCCUCUCUGCAGGUGGACCAGCUGCCCCUGCGCUUCCUAGAAGCCCCGUCUGAUGGACACCUCCGCCUCCGGCUCAACAGCCAGCUGUUUGUGGGGGGAACGGCGGCCAGACAGAGGGGCUUCCUGGGCUGCAUCAGAACUCUGACUAUAAACGGUGUGACCGUUAACCUGGAGGAGCGCGCUAAAAUGACCCCGGGGGUGAGCCCUGGCUGCCCCGGACACUGCAGUAGCUCCAGUAGUCUCUGCCACAACAGAGGAAGGUGCGUGGAGAAGAACAGUGGCUACGUGUGUGACUGCUCCCAGUCAGCCUACGGUGGAUCAAGCUGUACGGAAGAGGUUUCUGUGUCAUUUGACAGGGAGUCGUCAGUGACUUACACCUUCCAAGAGCCUUUUUCUGUGAUGCAGAACAGGAGCUCCCAGGCCUCCAGCUGGUACAGAGAGAGCAGCAGGGCCAGAGAGAACAUGGCUUUCAGCUUCAUGACCACACAGAGCCCUGCUAUGCUGCUCACUGUCAGCACAUUCAGCCAGCAGUACAUAGCCGUCAUACUGGCACGCAAUGGUAGUCUCCAGAUCUGGUACCAUCUCCAUGUGGACAGGAGGCCAGAUGUGUUUAGCCCCAGGCCUUCCAGCCUGGCAGACGGACGGCUUCACCGCAUCAGACUCCACCGUGAGGGAAGAUAUAUCUAUUUACAGAUUGACAAGGACAUGAACCUAAAAUAUAGCCUGACAUCAGAGGCAGAGUUAAUCUCCAUCAAAUCGCUGGCUUUGGGGAAAGUCACAGGUUUAGAGGCUGUUAGUGAGGAUGUAAUGUGGGCGGGAUCUAAGGGCUUCAUUGGCUGCUUAUCAUCAGUCCAGUUUAAUCGCGUUGCUCCACUGAAGGCAGCGCUGCUGAACCAUGGCAGCUCAUUGGUUAGCAUACGGGGUCAACUGGUGGAGUCUAACUGUGGGUUGCUGGCUGACUCAGCAAUAUUGCACUCUCAGUCAGUAGAUCAUUCAGAGACAGUCGGCAGAGGCAAGGAGCCAUUACGGAACGCUUCACAAAGCAAUUCGGCGGUAAUUGGAGGAGUUGUGACAACGGUUGUCUUCAUCACUCUGUGUGCGGUGGCGGUUAUGACCCGUUUCCUGUACCGCCAUCGGCAGGGCCGGACAGAUGCCAGCGUCACUGAGAAGGAGCACCGACACAACCUGGAAACAGCCUACCGGAGAGAAACAGCCUACCAGGCUGAACCAGCCUAUCGGACUGAGCUCCACCUCAACAACAGCUCUUCUCUCAGGAACAACAGGGAGUACUACAUCUGACCACUGGUGUCUGUGCCCCCUACUCAUCAGGGAAUGUUUCUUCUCUGAGAGUGGUUUAGGCGAUGUCGCUGAAAAAUACCAUACAGGACAACAACAUUUCCCAAAGCCUGUGUCUAUGAGUCUUGCACAAGGAUUCUGCCCACUGUCUGAUGGUUGAAAAUAAUAUUGGUAGUGGACUACACGUUUAGAUUAUUUUAGGUUUGUACGUUUAUUGUGUGGUCAGUGAUACUCUUUGCUAGUAUGGAGUGAAUGAGCAGGGCGUGAUAUCUGAACCAAUUCUCAGCUACAAGAAGAAAGGACUGAGAAGGACAUAAAGACAGUGCAUGCUGCCUGACAAACCUACUGAGUAUGUUUACAAACUUUUGAAAAUGUUUUUUUUAUUUUUUUUUACCCACAAUAUUCUUGAAGAUUUCCCAGAAGGCUCUGUGGAACCCCCUCUUAAAAGUAAGAAAAUGUGCUGUAGGUCAGGCCUGUAAGUGAUGCCAUCAAGGAACACUUCGUUGUAACAAACUGAACACUAAAUUUACUAAACGGAAGAACGGACCUAUAGUGCCUUUGAGAGUGCCUCUUUAUAUAGUUUGACUGGUUUUUCAGAACCCUUAACACUUUUUUUAUUACAUGAAUCUGAACAUGAAUCAUCUUUACUGUAAUCAUCACUUGAUUCACCACAAAAAAAUGGAUGGUGUAAUUUCGUUACAUAGUGCUGUAGUUUUUGUUUCAAUGAUGGAUAAUUCUCAGAUGUGAGUUUUUUUCUAUAAGGUUUAAAAAUGAGUAGAUUCAGUCUGUUAAAAGUUUGGUGUUACAUGUUCCCCUUCAGAAAGUGUAAAGCAACAGAGCUGGUCUGAUAGAGUUCACUUACAACAUGCGAGACACAUUCUCACCUGAAAUACAUGCCUCAUAUUGACUUGCUAAUGGGGCUCCACUUCACAUCUUUUAAACACACUGCAGUGCAGCUGCAUUAUUGCAUCCAUGGUUCUGAUAAUGGUUGUGGAAUACCAUAAAAAAGUGUUUUCUUGUCAGAUCAAACUCUAGUGACUGCUCAUUGGGCCCCUGCAAUGUUAGUUGUUUUUAGCCAGUGGAUUUGACAACUAGAAAAUGAAUAAUUUGUUGUGUGAACGUUUGAGUCACAAAGUUACGAAACAGGAUAUGGUCACAUUUUUCUAAAUGAAAACAACCAACUUCUAAUGAUCAGAUUUUGCUGAUUCAUAUUACAAUAUGUCAUUACUUUUCUGUUAUUGUUUGCAUAGUAUCAGUUGUACAGGUAUAUUGUAUAUUUAUUAAUAAAUUGAAGACAUUCUUAAUGA